GUGUACGUUAUUGGCCAUGUGCCCCCGGGCUUCUUUGAGAAGACCCGGAACAAGGCUUGGUUCCGGGAGGCCUUCAACGAGAGGUACCUAGAGGUGGUGCGGAAGCACCAUCGGGUCAUCGCAGGGCAGUUUUUUGGGCACCACCACACUGAUGGCUUCCGGAUGUUCUACGAUGACCAAGGUGCCCCGCUCAGUGUCAUGUUCCUCACUCCGGGGGUCACGCCCUGGAAGACCACGCUGCCCGGAGUGGUCGACGGAGCCAACAACCCAGGCAUCCGGGUGAUCGAAUACGAUCGUGCCACACUGCACCUGCAG